AUGAGCAAACUGUUGUCCAAGACGCUUGAUCCACAAUCUGUACAACCUACCAAACAGUGCAACAUCAAACCAUUUCUCAGACCAUCCAGUACCAACAAUGAUAAUAAUGGAGUGCUGAUGCCACAGUUAAUUCAGCAGCAUCUUCAUGACACAGUUGGAAAAUAUAAUAAAAGUACGCUUCCUCGAACAUCUGAUAGAAAUGUCACUGGAGCUCUUUCUUCUAACCUUCAAUUACCUGGCUCCAAGAAUCAGACUAACACUGAUAAUCGAUUCUGUGUAUCCUACCCUGGAUCAAAGCUCAAAAGUAGUCUCUUCUGCUUUUCUACUUAUGAAGAAGGUAAUUCUUCAGCCACCAACCAUAAGCAUAUAUGCUCAGAUAGUGCUCCACCGCAUGACAAAGGCAACAAACGUUCAAGGUCAAGAAAAACUCAGAAAUCUCACACCAGAGGUGAAAAAGUUCCAGAUGGAAUUGAAGCACUGAAAUGCAUCAGCAGUGAACCAGACAUACUGGCUCCCAAACCAGAUUGCAGCUAUUGCGAAGCAAAAAAACUUUAUUCUGAAACACCAAAUUUCUGCUGUUCUGCUGGUCAGAUAGUUCUCCAAGAGAACAAACUUCAAGAUAUUCUCAUAGAACUAUAUACUGGUCAUUCUGCUGAAGCUCUUUCUUUCAGAACAUAUGUCAGAACAUAUAAUAAUAUGUUUGCCUUCACCUCUUUCGGAGUACAUUAUGACAGAUCCCUAUGCAGAAGAACUAAUGGUAUCUACACAUUCAAAGUCCAGGGACAAACCUAUCACUUCAUCAAGGAUCUUAUUCCACAUGAGUGCAGGACUGUUUAUUUGCAGCUAUAUUUUCAUGAUACAGAGCAUGAGUUAGAAAACAGACUGGCUACAUCAGAGAACCUAACAGAAAGUGCAGUGAAAAAAAUUAUGCAUGUCAUGGAAUCGAAUCCAUAUGCCUCUUUUCUCCGAAGCUUAAAAAAUGUUCCGAAUCUCGACUCAUAUCAAAUCGUCUUAAAGUCUCAUUCAGAAAAUGACCAGAGAGUUUGGAAUCAACCAACUGCAUCUCAAAUUGCAGCCUUGUGGGUAGAGGGCCAAGAAUCUGGAGAAGGAUACAAAAGGCAUAUCCAAAUCUAUACUAAAGAAGGCAAGGAUCAUCUGGUGCACUACUAUUAUGGAUGCUAUGAUCCAUUGCAGUAUCCGCUGCUGUUUCCAUUUGGAGAGACAGGAUGGCAUCCUGGUAUAAAAAGAACAGCACCACAUAAUCCAAACAAAAGGAAAAGAUACAAUAGAACAGCCAACUGCACUCCUGCUUCUACUGAUUGCAAAUCUGCAGAAGAACUAAUAGCAGCUGAACACCAAGCUUCUCACAAUCCUGAAAACAAUAAAGAGUUUGUAUCUAUGCGUGAGUAUUACGCAUACAAGUUGCAGAUGCGGGAAAAAUACACUCCAGGCAUACUCAAUACCGGCCGACUACUUCAACAAUAUGUCAUCGAUAUGUACAUCAAGAUAGAAUCUCAGAGACUUGAUUAUUACAGAAGCCGACAACAGUUAAUAAGAAGAGAGGAACUUCAAGGCAUAAUGGACAGUGUCAUGUCAGGACAUUGCCAAGGAUCCAAAAUAGGUCAGCGAGUUAUUCUUCCAGCAUCAUUCAUAGGUGGUCCUCGCGACAUGAGAAGAAGAUAUGUUGAUGCUAUGGCUCUCGUGCAAAAAUUCGGCAAACCAGAUUUAUUUAUCACUAUGACAUGCAAUCCUUCAUGGCCUGAGGUGAAAAAACACAUGCUACCUACUGAUGAAGGUCAUAACAGACCAGACUUACUCGCUCGAGUUUUCCAUGCUAAGCUUGAUCUUUUGAAGGACCAACUCUUCAAGAAACAAAUAUUUGGAGCAGUAGCAGCUUAUACCUAUGUUGUUGAGUUUCAGAAACGUGGUCUACCGCAUACUCAUUUCCUCAUAAUUUUAGAGCCAGGUUCAAAACUUUAUUCCACAGAAUCCUAUGAUAAAAUCGUCAGUGCAGAAAUUCCAGAUAUAACAGCAAAUCAACAUUUAUUCAGAAUGGUUCGAAAGCACAUGAUCCACGGUCCUUGCGGAGCACAAAAUCCAGAUAAUGUUUGUAUGCAAGGAAAUCAGAAGAAAAGAUGCAGAAAUAAUUACCCAAAAUCAUUUGCUCAGACAACCUUUCAUGGAAAGAAUGCGUAUCCUACUUAUCGAAGGAGAAAUGAUGGACAGAAAAUAAUUGUUCGUGGCCAUCAGCUUGAUAACAGAUGGAUAGUUCCACACAACAGAUACUUAUUGGCAAAAUUUGAUUGCCACAUAAAUGUUGAAAUCUGUUCCACUGUGAAAGCUGUCAAAUAUAUAUACAAAUAUAUAUACAAGGGUCAUGAUAGGAUUCAUUUUAGAGUAAACUCAGAUGCUCCUGCUCAAGACAAUAAUAGCUCCCAACCUCUUCCAAUCGAUGAAAUAAAGGACUUCCAAUCAGCUCGAUGGGUGUGUGCAGUUGAAGCAAUUUGGAGAGUGUACAGAUUUAACCUCAGUGAGAUCCACCCUUCUGUAAUUCAUCUCCAGCUCCAUCUACAAAACUGUCAGUCCAUGAGUUUCACACCUGAUCAAGACCUACGAGAUGUAAUCAGCAACAAGUAUACAAAAAGAACUAUGUUAACUGAAUUCUUUUACAUGAAUUCUGUGGAUGAGUUAGCUCAGGAUCUUAAGUGCACAUACAAAGAAUUCCCAGAGCACUUCGUUUGGUACCCCGAAAGAAAAAAAUGGGAACCUAGAAAGCAAAAGGACUGUAUUGGCAGAAUUGUCACAGCAGGUAUAAAAGAAGGAGAACGUUAUUUUCUUCGACUACUUCUAACACAUGUGAAAGGCCCCAAAUCAUUUGAAGACCUCAAGACAGUGAAUGGAACAUAUGUAAACACAUUCCGUGAAGCAGCAAUUCUCAGAGGAUACUUUGAAUCAGAUACAUCGCAAGAAGAAUGCCUCGAAGAAGCCAGUUCAUAUCAAAUGCCAUACAUAUUGAGAAGGCUGUUUGCAACUUUGCUGGUACACUUUCCUCCAUUAAAUGCUAGAAAGCUAUGGAGAAAUUUGAACAUUGUCUAUCAGAAGAUUUCAUGA